AUGGAAUCGCCAGCUUCAACCACAAUGGCCUCCCCCCAAACUCCUCCUCCUCUUGCGGACCUGCGCUGGGCACCGUCUCCUGCUGACCAAAAUCUGCCGGCAUCCUAUGUGAAUAUUGGCACCUGGAUGCACCCUCUAUCCCGGCGAUGGCAACUGCUGUACUAUGGUCUCGUUCGGCGGCACGAUCCACAAGCUGUGCUGGUGACCAAAACUAUCUGUGAGGCCGAUGGCUGGAUGGAUCACCCCCUCGUCAUCUCCAGGGUGAGGCCCCGGAUGCAAUCUAACAGGAAACCAGAAAUAGAUAGAGCACCAGAAAGGUUAGAUAUUCUGUUGUAACACUUGCCUGGACGCCGUCUCAAUUACGCGAAAUAUGCACGCAAACGCAAUCGCUUCUGCUUCAGAUACAUCCACCGGAUAACAAAACUGAGGCGGCGCAACAGGAUUCCGGACUCAGAAGUUCUAGAAGGGGCUGCCAUCCUCAGGGUCCAUGACAUGCUGAGACGACUGAAACUAUACUGGUGCGGCCACCUCGUAAUCCGCGCAUAAUAAUCGGCGCUUGCCACCUAAGAGCAAAGUGUGCUUUUUGGUUUCUUUCGAUUAGUGCCUACCCCGAUGCAUGCGAUUCCCGAGACUUUUACUGACCUACACUUGAAAUAAUGGUGUGUGAAUAUGAGGGGACUGGUCAUGUUAGUGGCACGCGCGGACGAGAUGUCCAACUCUGUUAGUCACCGCAUUUAUUCCUCGCAUCAGACUUCUGACUAGUUCGGGCAGUGACUGGAGCCUUGGAAUGGAAGUUGCGAGUAAGGCUGACGUCUCAGCGCAUCUUCGUCGAUAUAAACAAUCUGACGCUCUUAAAGCUAUCACGAUGAGUUAAAAGUUGUGGUUUGAAAGGUUGCCAAUCCACCGAAGAACUCGGACUGCCCAGUCAGCCCAGUAUGUGUUUGGGAUAGAUGCUGCGCAAGACUACUAUCGUCAUAAAAUAAAUCACGUGUAAUUUGAAAAGUCCCAUUUCACCCUGCUCGGAAGUAAACAGCGAAAAUUGUCAAAAUCAAUGGUUGGACUGUCACACACACACGCACGCACACACACGCACACAUGAUAGUUCGACCGUCGCAUCCGACGAUGUCCACUGUAUGCCCUACAGCAGAUAGUGGGAGCAGGGACGGUGAAUUGCGCAGGGGUUUGUUGUGCCGACAGACUUGCACCGUUGAUAGAAGCGAACAGGCAAGUCCCAGGUAGCAGUUCAGAAGAUGAAGAUGCGAUCACUGGGACAAGAAGUUUAUUUGCCUGAGGUUUCGGAUUCUCACUCGAAUCCAUCAUCAGAGACAUUAGCAGAUAGAGGUGAAGGUGGCACCAGGAGUGCAGUAUUUAUAGCACGUGGCUGCCGUGGGACCGUAUGCGCACUGCAAUUAACAGUUCUCACAAUCGCCGCUGGGGUCGUAAUUGAUGCGGCGGUGGCUUGGCGGUCCGAGUCCGAGUUGUUAAUCGCCGCGAUUUCGUCAUCCGUGCUCGAUGCUGGUGUGACGAUUGCUCGGCAAACUGGCUCACUGUCACCGUGAUAAUUGCUCACCCGCGCCCUCCCCACGAGACUGAUUCUCCUGCCCAGGGAAAAUCGCAAUACGGAAUAGGGCACCGGGAGGUCAUUGUGUUUGUUGAUGGAUUGCGGGCCUGAGAACCAUGACUCGAGCAGCUCGCGGCUCACGCGGUUGUCACCCCUUGCGGGGAUUUCGGCCUCUUGAAAUUUGAAAAUAUGGCCGGGUCCCGUCGAGUGUGCCGCCACUUGAGAGUUAGCGUCUCCCCGCCUCACUGCUGCUGCGUGCUCGGCAAGUCGCGUACGGAGUAAUCUCCCAGUUUCUCCGACAUAAUUGUUUUGUCCGCAACUACACCAGAUUCGGUAAACGACUCCAGACGUUUCCUGCCGUGGCAGCGGGUCUUUUGGCCUCAUUACUUGGCGCCUAAUGGUUGCUUCCGGCCUGUGUGCAACCCCAACUCCAAGUGGAGUGAGAAGACGACUGACGGCUUCCGAGACGUUCUUCACGUACGGAAGAGCCCGCCAAAAUUUGGGGCUAGUUGGAUUUGGUCUCUGGUGUCCUUUUCGUAUGCACUGGUUGACAAAGUUGCGCGGGUAACCAUUGGCCCUCAUUACCCGUCGAAGAUAUUGUAAUUCAGCAACCUUGUCUUCCAUUUCACUGCAGUGCGUCUCAACACGCCGGUAUAGCGCCCUUACGCAACUGCGUUUGUGACUGAUCGGGUGGUUGCUAUUGAAGUUCAGUAUUUGCGUCGUAUUUGUCGCUUUCCUGAACACUUUGGUUUUCAGGCCACCACAAUCUUUACGGCAGACGAGGACAUCCAGGAAUGCCAGCUGAUUGUUUUCCUCCUCCUCCAUCGUAAAUUGAAUGUCCGGGAAGACGGCGUUGAGUUGUUCUUUGAAAGUCAGCACCUGAUCCCGUUCGAUGACGACGAAGGUGUCAUCCACAUACCGAGCCCAGAAUUUCGGUCUGUGGUGUCGGAAAACCAGCGACUCCAGCCGUUGUAGGACCGCCUCGGCUAUGAGUCCCGAAAUCGGCGAACCCAUUGGCGUUCCCUUCACCUGCUCGUAGAUUGUGCCGUCGAAUGUAAAGUACGUCUUGAGACAGAACUUCAGGAGCUGGAUGAUUUGGGCGUGUCCGAGGCGAUUCUCCGUUUCGUCGUACUUCUCUCGUAGGAGUAGUUCGAUUGUCUCGACUGCCAGGUCCUGCGGGAUACAAGUAAAAAGGGACUUGACUUCAAAGGAAACCAUGAUAUCGCUUGGCAGGAGACUUACUCCUUUAAGUUUCUCCAAGAAUUGCGUUGACGAGCUGACUGUCGUGUUCGAAUCGGAGGUCAGAAACUUGAGACGUUGGAACAGCCACUUUGCCAGUCCGUAGGUUGGAGUGCCCUUUAGUGGAGCAAGAUCCAGCGGCACAACAAGACCCCCAUUGGCACCUUCCUCGGCCCUGGUGAAAGGUUUAGCCACGUUCACCUGGACAUUGUAGGCCCCCUGCCUCUGUCCAAUGGUUGCUCCUAUCUCCUUACCUGUGUGGAUCGAUUCACCCGGAGGCCGGAAGCUAUUCCACUGCCUGAUGUCGCAACUCCAACGGUCGUCAAGGUUUUCCUCAGUCGUUGGGUUGCCAUUUUCGGUGCUCCCUCCAUUAUCACGACUGACCGUGGUGCCCAAUUUGAAUCUCACCUCUCCCAGUCUUUACUCUCCUUUUUAGGCUGUACUCGCAUCCGCACUACUGCCUAUCAUCCGGCAGCCAAGGGGACGGUCAAGCGGAUUUACCGCCAGCUGAAGGCCUCCCUACGCGCCGCGGCCGAUCCGGAGAACUGGACGGACCAGCUUCCCCUGGUCCUCUUGGGCAUCCGCUCCUCUCUGAAGCCGGACCUUGAUUGUUCCGCAGCUGAACUGGUGUUCGGUGCCACCGUCCGACUCCCCGGUGAGAUGAUCUCGCCAACCCCACAAGGUGCGGUUGAGGAUCCUACCAACCUCCUGCAUCGCCUCCGGCAGUUUAUGCGGACACUUUCCCCGGUGCCUCCCAGGUCCUCCGCCUCUCCGUCUUAUCUCGAAAAGGAUUUGGCAACGUGCUCUCACGUCUAUCUCCGAUGUGAUCGAGUCCGCCGGCCCCUGGAACCACCCCACGAUGGCCCCUUCCGAGUUAUCUCUCGUGGGACGAAGAACUUCCGCAUCCAACGCGGCACUCGCGAGGAGGUCGUGAGUGUGGACCGCCUCAAAGCUGCCGUCCCGGACACUCCUCCGGAUGAGCUCUGUGGUCCCCUACCCCCUGCUCCGCCUCCCCGACCCUCUAUUCCACCGUCCCGUAUACAUCCUCUGCCCUCAUGUCCACAACUCCAAACUGCAACUACUCCUUCAUCAACAAACAACACUGUAACCGCGAGCCAUACUCACUCUAAUCCUGUGCCCCCUGUAUAUAUCACCCGUAGCGGACGCCAUGUUCACUUUCCUGACCGUAUGGUCACUCAUGGUUUUUAG